UGACUUUACUGUCAUCCAUAUACCCUUGUUAUUUGAUUGCAUUUGAAAAUACCAUACACGAUCUCAGCAUGGCUACCGAGGAAGGCUGGCACACGGUAGAGGACGGAACGAAGCUGUACACGAAGACUUGGAAGACGGAAGGGCCGGCAAAGGCUCGCCUUGUAUUCGUUCACGGGUUCAGCGAUCACUGCAACACGUACAAUUCUUUCUUUCCGACGCUUGCUUCCAAAGGUAUCGAAGUUUACACCUUCGAUCAAAGAGGAUGGGGACGUUCUGCGCAGAAGAAAUCUGAGAGGGGCCAUACCGGCCCAACAACCAGGGUCUUGGAUGACAUCAGCUCCUUCCUGAGGACAGUGAUCCCAUGCCCUAUUCCGCUAUUCCUCAUGGGCCACUCUAUGGGCGGCGGAGAAGUCCUCUGCUACAUCGCUCAAGGACCCGCCGACAUCCGAAAGCACAUCCGUGGCUACCUUCUCGAAUCGCCCUUUGUAGACUUCAGCCCAGCGUCAAAGCCGUCGCCCAUCACCGUCUUCUUCGGUCGGCUGGCUGGCAAGCUCCUCCCGCAUCGCCAGAUGGUCAACAAGCUGGACGUCAAGCUUGUCUCCCGGGAUCCCGCAGUGCAGAAGCAGUUUGAUGAAGACGAACUAUGCCAUGAUACGGGAACCCUCGAAGGACUCGCGGGUCUGUUGGACCGUACUGGCGACCUGGCGAGCGGGAGGAUUAAGAUUGGUGAUGACGCUGGAGAGGGCGGUGUCACUAGGAUAUGGAUCGGCCACGGGAAUAAGGACGGAAUCACCAACCCCCUUGCCUCGAGGGCGCUGGCGGAGAGAAUUGAGGCCAAGGACAAGGAGUACAAGUCGUAUGAGGGCUACUAUCACAGACUGCAUGACGAACCAAGCCCGGAGAAGGAGGUGUUCAUGGACGAUGUUGCGAACUGGAUUUUGGCUCGGUCCGUCGAAUCUGUCCAGGUGGAUGGCGCGAAGUCGAAGCUCUAAAAAGUAUAGAAGGUUUACGGGCACCAUGUAGAGGGGAGAUGUACCGAUGGGCAUACUCAUUCAUCCUCCGUAUCGCAGUCUGGUGUUAAAUGAAUACUCCAUUAUCUACGCGUUCUCAUGGCUUCUGCAUGAAAUAAAACGGCUAUACUUAUAGCUAUAGACUAGACAGUAAUACUUAUCUAGAAUAACAUUGUAU